CAUAAUACAACUUUCUCUCCAUCUGUCUCUGUUUGAUAAUUAAAAAAACUGUCAAAAGUUAUUGAAGUCAAGCAAAAAAAUAAUGAUUAGAAACACUCUGAGCAUACAGAAAAGAUGUGCAAUGUAAAUUGACAAAUUUGUUGAAUAAAUUUAUAAAAAAUGCACACUAAACGGGGGUUGGUCGUUACAUCAUUAUUGAUCGGGCUAGCACUAACAGCAGACGAUUCCAUCAACGAUUUCCAAGAUGAUCCGUGGACAGGUCUUUGGUUUCCAGAAAAUCCAGAGAGUUUAUCUGAAGACCAAGUUAAUGCAAAGGGUGUCAGAGAGGAAUCAGCAUUGAAACAAAACGAAGACAGUCUACAAAUGGCAGAAUCAAAAUUCAAUGAAGAGACCGACAGCUGGAAAGGAAAAUGGUUUCCAGUAGCGCCCGGUCAAAGUAUACCGCAGACACCAGUGACACAAGAUAUUCAAGACAAUCAUUUUACUAAUAUGGGAAAUUCUGAUCAAAUCUGCGACGACGGAAUGAACAACUUGCAAUUGGACUACGAUUCGCGGAAUAUAACGCACCAUUAUCGACAUUUGUGCACAGAUGAAAAAAAAGUGUUUGCUCCCAAUUAUGAUAUUCAGCCGCGGUUAUUGGAUUACACAAUUUCACCCGAAUAUGUUGCACUACACAAAUGUAUGGAUGAAGAAAUCGUUUAUGACGACGACAUACCGACCUUUGGAGCCCACCGAAAGCUAUGGCCUGUUUAUGGCGAAUAUGUUUUCGUUCCUCCUCAACGAUGGAUCCAUAGUCUGGAACAUGGUGCGAUUGUAUUACUAUAUCAUCCCUGUGCGAAUCUCAAUCAAUUGGAUAUGGUGAAAAGUCUGGUGAAGAAAUGUCUUUAUCGUCAUAUCAUCAGCGCAUAUGAUCUUCUUGAGCCGGAGCGUCCGUUCGCUUUGGUUGCCUGGGGUCGAAGCUUGGAAUUUUCAGUUGUGGAUCAAUUGGCAGUUGUCAGUUUUAUUCGAUUGUACGGAUUGCAAGGACCGGAAAAAAUUUUCAGCGACGGACAGUACAAUCAAACCUUAAUCGAGCAGUCAAAUAUCAUCACAUCGCCAGAUGACAAUGUGCUUUGCCAGAAUUUGUAAAGACGGAUAAGCGAUAGAAUGGAAAAAUGCGAUUUUCUUAACUUGUUUUAUUUUUCAACUGUGAUCCAUCAAAAUGAACGUUUAGCUUAAGUGUAUCAGUGAAUGCGCUGGAAUUGUUAUUAACACAUCAUGUCGAUAUUUGAUGUUCUUUCGGGUAAUUUUACAUUUGUCGUUAGGAAUUUUUAUCUUUUUCAUCUGAUUCGAGUUGUUAUAUUGUUUUAUUGUAUUCCUAAUUUUUUUCGGAAUCGUUAUAUUAUGCAAUACAUGCAAAACUUACGUGCCUCAUUCUCAA